UUAUAAUUAUUACAAAAAGAAAACACAACACUGAAAAACGAGAGAGAAAGACAGACCACAUCACUGUGUGUAAAAUAAUUUGAAGGAUUGGAAGAGAAACAAAAAGAAUACUUAUAUCAUGUUAAAUUGGAGACAAACUUUAACGUUUCUAUUCGUAACUGGAAUCGUAAGCUAUGUUAGCGCACAGAAUACGACAGUGUCUACCGCCAGCAUAACGACAAAACAACUAGUCAAUACAACGACUGCGGGAACUACCAAAGAAAAACCGACAGAAACUACAAAAGAAACAGUUUUAACGACAAAAGCAACAUUGCAAACCCCAGUGACGGUAAAAGUAAACACCGCCGUAACGACGAACGCAACAACAACGAAAACGACGGCGACGACAACAACAACAACGACGACGACGACGACGACGCCGACAACAACAACAACCCUGCCACCAGCAACAAAAUUUUCUCGGUGCCAUUUAAAUGAUACGUUUUGUAAUAAAAAUGGCGUCUGUUAUGUUGGUAUCGAUGGAGCUCCCUCUAAGUUUUGUAGUUGCAACCAUGAGUUUUACGGCACAAGAUGCGAAGAUGAAGUCACUAAAGUUAUGGAUAAAAUCGUCUUUGCUCUUGGGAUAUUAUGCGCCAUAUUAGUUAUUGUAUUGCUGGUCAUUUCGUGUAAUUUGCAUAAUAAAGCAUGUGAACUGGAAGAGUUUAAAGGAAAAGUGCAGCGGCAGAAAAAAGAAGAUAAGAAGAAAAGACAAGUCAUGUUUAGCAACCCACCUUCAAAACAGGCUAGUGUAAAAAGCUCUACACGGUCUGAUGCUGGUAGUGUGAACGGCGCUUAUUUAUUCGACAUUACUUCAACAGGCAUUGAGAGAUCUUCUUCCUUUCAAAAUGAUCUCGAUGUCUCAGGCAAAACUGAUGUAGUUGUUAAAGUUGACGUAAAUAGCAAAGAUGAUACUGACGGCGACUUAGCUAUACCGCACAAAAAUCGGAUUGAUAACCCGGACAACAUUUCAAUAACUUCAGAAAUAUCUCGCGAGGGAAGUGGUGUAUUGCUUUUACCUGGUGGAAACAAUGCAAAGGGUCGACCACGAAGUUGGGCUGGGACAGCGAGUGAACCUCGUGAAAAUUUAAAUGAAAUAUACCGCGAUUUGUACGGGGGAGAUACAGAUGUUAGGGGGUACGUUAAGAGUAAUCAUUUAAAUCCACACCAAACUAAACAUGAUCAAAGAAGACAUAGCGAUUUAAAAUAUGGAGAUAUGCGAAGAUACAACAAAUAUAGCGAUAGUAGAGGAAAGCCGCGAAGUAUGACUGAUUUGAGAGUUGCAGCUUUACAAGGGGGUUCAAAUAACAAAAAAGCUUUAAGCGUUGAAGAUAUACCAGUUCGCAAAACAAUAAGCGUCGAGAACAUUCACACAGGACAAAUAACGAAGCUGACAGCGCGUCCAAAGUCACCUAGCAAUGGACAAAAAAAGAAAAAGAUGGGAAUUUAUGCAAGACAACAAGAAGAGAUGCUUGAAAGUCCAUUUUAAUGUAGCUACAUAAUUAAAAUCAUACGGCAGUCUUCCAUCUCUCUCGGACAUUAUUGUAAAAUAUUUGUUUUAUCCUAUUAAUUUUUUUCAAUUUUCUGUUGUUGUUUAUUGAUGAUGUACACUUUAUCAAUAACAUAGAAUAAAAAAUGACAUAUUGCUAAAUUACAUAUUGCUUUUUUAUACUUUUGUUGCUUUAUUUUAUAUACCCUUUUGUAAUAACAUAAAAUGUAUCCAAAAGCCGCUGUUUAUGCUUUCGUACUACAAACCUAAAUGCGUAAGUGUCAGGGUUGUUAAACACCCCAAGAGUGUGUGUGUGAGAGAGGGGGGAUUUUUGUGUUGAAGUUAAAUAUGUUUUAAUUAACAAAUACUUCUUUGAGAGGCCCUUAACACACGGAGUACCAGAAGCUAAGAAAGUAGAAUUAUCCGGACAGAAAAUUGUCACUCACUUAUUUUUUAAUAUAACUUUUAUCUUCAUCCUCGCAAAUAAUCAAAAGCUGUUGAACAUCGCAUAUUGCCGAUUCUCGUCCCCAGAGCUCUUUGAGAUAAAACCUCGAAAGUUGGCUUUAUCUGAAAGAGCUCUGGAGACGAGAAUGCAUACCCCAACAAAUGUACCACUAACGGGUGAAGGAACGGGACUAACCACGUCGUGUUCCCUGAGCAUAUUUACUUGAAUAAUUUCUUCUAAUAAUUUUAAAUUGUUGUGGUUAACAGUUAAAAAGAUGGUUUAUUGUCAUUUUCAGGUAUUUCAGGAAUGGUCGAAGUCAACUUCGUU